AUGGAAACUCUGUCAAAACCACAGCGAGUGAGAAUGGUGGCAUCUACUGUCUGCAAAAUCCCCCUCCUUUUACUGCUUCUGUACUUCUUUGUGUGCUCCCUCGAUAUUUUAAGUUCUGCCUUUCAACUUGCUGGAGGGAGGGUAGCAGGGGACAUUUUCCAGAAGAAUGCUAUCCUGUCUAACCCAGUGGCAGGCCUGGUGGUUGGGAUACUGGUGACAGUCUUAGUUCAGAGUUCCUCCACCUCCACCUCCAUUAUAGUCAGCCUGGUUUCUUCUGGUUUACUGGACGUGCGGUCAGCCAUUCCUAUCAUCAUGGGCUCCAACAUUGGAACGUCAGUCACUAAUACCAUUGUUGCUCUAAUGCAGGCCGGAGAGAGAGAGGAGUUUGAGAGGGCAUUUGCUGGAGCUACAGUCCAUGACUGCUUUAACUGGUUGUCUGUCUUGGUGCUUCUCCCUCUGGAGGCUGUUAGUGGGCUGUUGAGGAGACUGUCACAGGCUGUAGUCGACACACUACAACUUAGUAGUGGAGAUGAAGCUCCUGAACUUCUUAAAGUCAUCACUGAACCACUGACUAAAAUGAUUAUCCAGCUGGAUCAUUCAGUCAUUACAGCCAUCGCUACAGGAGAUCAAAGCAUGAGGAACAAGAGCUUGGUGAAAAAAUGGUGUCAGACCACAACCUUGAAGGACAAUGAUACAUCCUGGGGAACACACAACCUUUCAGAACAAACACAGAAAUGUAGGCAUCUCUUUGUGGACUGCUCUUUGUCAGACUUGGCCAUAGGUCUGAUUCUCCUGGCUUGUUCUCUGUUGGUCCUGUGUAGCUGCCUGAUAAUUCUGGUUAAACUGCUCAACUCCCUGCUGAAGGGCCAGGUGGCCAAUGCUAUUAACAAUGUAGUUAACACAGACUUCCCCUAUCCUUUCACCUGGCUGGCAGGUUAUCUGGCUAUAUUGGUGGGAGCAGGCAUGACCUUUUUGGUUCAGAGCAGUUCUGUCUUUACGUCUGCCAUCACUCCACUCAUAGGGAUCGGUGUGAUCAGUAUUGAACGAGCCUACCCUUUAACCCUCGGAUCCAAUCUUGGAACCACAACUACAGCUACACUAGCAGCCCUAGCUAGUCCAGGAGAUAAGCUAGCUGCUGCUACACAGGUUGCUUUGUGUCAUUUUUUCUUUAACCUCCUUGGUAUCCUGCUGUGGUAUCCCAUACCAGCUACACGCUUACCCAUACGCAUGGCCUGUGCUCUCGGCAAUCGCACUGCCAGGUAUCGCUGGUUUGCUGUCUUGUACCUGCUCCUCUGUUUUCUGCUACUCCCAUCCCUCAUAUUUGGUCUCUCCAUGGCUGGCUGGAAGGUGAUGACUGGGAUUGGCGUGCCGGUCAUUACGGUGAUUAUAUCUGUUGCAACAGUAAACAUCCUCCAGGUGAAAAGACCUGACUGUUUGCCACUGAAGCUACAGAACUGGGACUUUCUUCCUGGUUGGAUGACCUCAUUGCAGCCCUUGGAUGAUGUCAUCACUAGGGUGACCCUGUGGAGCAGGUUGGUGCUUCAGGAGAGGUGA